AUGAAUGUCGAAAUUCGUCCCUUGCUUCGUAAAUCGUCAAGUAGCUCCACUUUCCAUCGCUCUGCAUCCACUUCGUCCACUCUCACCGAUGUGAUCAGUGAAGAGCUCUUUCCGAAGUUCCCAACUGUGGAUGAGGAUUGGAAAGAGUUCGGUUAUCUCCUUGAGGCGGAUAAGAAUUCUACCGCUGAAAAGGAUGUUGAUGCCUCUCGCGGAUCAGGUAACGUGAGAAAUACCGAUGCCAAUCGACCUGUACCAGUGGCAAUCAAUCCAGCAGAGAUUAGUCUGGGAGGAGAUGCUGUGGACUGGACCAAAGACUCUUCGAGCUCAGCACUGAUCAAGGAGGAAGAAGGCAACAAGGCGCACGAAAAUGAUAGCGAAUCAAAAGUUUUCAAAGCUGACCAAGAGACAGUGGAAGAGUCGACUGCCGUUGCUGACUGGCAGCCUUCCAGGCGUGGCCCAGCAUUGCCGACCACACCAAAGUACAAGAAGAGGAUUUAUGAGCGAUCCCUCGAAGAAAGCUCUUCUUCUGGUUCUGAACUACGAAGACGCGGACGACCUCCGAAGCGACGUCACAGGGAUACAGAAGAGCCAUCAGCAGACGGCAAAUCAUCUCCACUUGGUUUGGAUCCCAAUGCUUUACACUGUAUUUGUCGCACCACCUACAAUCCAAGAAGGUUCUACAUCGCUUGUGAAAUGUGUUACCGGUGGUUUCACGGUGAAUGUGUUGGUGUAACCGAGGAGAAUGCGAAGCAGAUAGAGGGAUGGACAUGUCGAGACUGUAUACAGGAAACAAAGAGAGCACGUCAGGAGCAGGAGCUGUACUGCACAUGUCGCACUCCCUACAACGACAGCGAGUUCUAUGUUGGCUGCGAAAGUUGUGAAGGCUGGUUUCAUCCGAAGUGUGUAGGGUAUCACAAAGGAAGAGAAGCGGAAGCCAUGGAAGAAUAUGUGUGCCCAUCGUGCACUGAAGCGCAGACGACGCAAGGCUAUGAAUCUGCCAGUAGUUCCGCCAGCAGUACACACGCUACCCUUUGUCGAGCUGACUAUCCACUUGUGUGGCGUCUUCUCGAAUGUGUCGCUGAUCAUCGAAUGUCAUGGCCGUUUCGGCAACCAGUUAGCCUUGAAGAGUUUCCCAAUUAUUUGGACGUGGUGGAGCAUCCGAUUGCGUCGCAGCGCCGAUUAAUAUACAUUAUGGUUGAUAACAUGUAUCAAGUUGUGCUGGUCGAUGAUGUCAGUGUUUUAGACCUUUCAAUCAUCCAACAACGCCUGGAAAACCUCGAAUAUCAGCGUUUGAAAGAUUUCACACGGGACAUGUCGCGGUUAUUUGAGAACGCUAGGAUUUUCUAUCCACGCGACAGCAAUGUCUACCAGUGCGCAGAUACAUUGGAGAAGAUAUUUGAACACGCGCUGGCUGAAGUAAGGGCAGAAAUCGAAGCACGUGUGAAUGGAAGAAAGGUAGUGGUUGAUUCCUUGAGCUUUUCUUUAGUUCUCGGAAUUUGUAGAGACGUGGAUUUCUUCCAAAGCAUCCUCACUGAGUUUCUUUAG